CGCAUUUUGGUAGCUCGAUCCGAAUACUUCAAGACGAUGUUCGAGUCGCAAUCCUGGUUGGAAGGGCGAACCAACGAGGUCGACUUGAGUAAAGACCCGCUGGCUGAUCGGCGCACGAUACUCGCCAUGUUCAGGUAUCUCAUGUCCAACACUUUCUCUGCCGCUGGGGAUUUCACUUGGGCCCUUUCGGUCCGACAGUUUGCCGACCGGUAUGGAAUGGCCGACUUUGUGGAACGGAUCGAUUCGGAGCUGAUUGGCCUGGUGUCGCGGGACAACCUUCUGGUUUUCUUGGGCCACGUGCAUGGAAAGGGCGGGCAGUUGGAAAGCUUCUGCCUGGAGGUCCUUAAGGAGAAGACACAUUCCGUCAUCGACCGGCACAAGAGUAAGUUGGAUCAACUGUUGCAGGAGAAGCCUGAGUUGGCAAAGACAGUAAUCCUGCACCUGAUGCAGCGUGAUAACAAGGAGUCGAGAAAGCGGAGUCGUUCCCGCCGUAGGUCGCGCGAGUCUCGGCGGCGCUGA